AUGGUCCGCAACAUCGUCGUCCUCGGGGGAAACUCCCACCCUCAUCUCGUCGAAACCAUCUCUAACAUCCUAGGUGUGCCGCCGUGCAACAGAAUCCUCAAGAAGUUCUCAGUCGGAGAAAGCCGCCUGGAGAUCCAGGACUCGGUUCGGGGAAAGGAUGUCUACAUCAUCCAGUCAGGAGGGGGUAAUGUGAACGAUCACUUCAUUGACCUUUGCAUAAUGGUCUCUGCAUGCAAGACUGGAUCGGCGAAACAGGUCACGGCUGUCCUUCCUCUGUUCCCUUAUUCUCGACAACCCGAUCUUCCCUACAACAAGAUUGGUGCCCCCUUAUCGAAAGCCCCAACCAAUGUUACUGGAGGUGAUUUCACUUUCGAAAGCCGGCCGACAACGCCAGCCCCGGGACAACCUCAAACCCAGGGUCUCGCAAAUGGCAAUGGCAACGGCACGGAGGCAUUGAAAAAGCAGCUGGCCAAAACGGUUUUGGAGCAACAGAAUGGCUACACCAACGGGAUCACCCCGCCUCGAAGAUCGGAGACGCUUGACUCCCAGUCCUCAAUGAAUGGACGAAAUCGCGGCAACUCGGGCUCUUCUGGCCCAAGCUGGGCUCCUCCCUCUGGCCCAACGUACACCACCCACAACUUCGAAAACCAAGGUAUGAUCAAGGAGACGAGUAAACUGUUCCAGCCGAAGCCAGGAUAUAAGAAGUGGGUUGCCCAAGCCGGUACACUGGUGGCAGACCUCUUGACCUGUGCUGGUACGGAUCAUAUCAUCACCAUGGACCUGCAUGACCCGCAGUACCAAGGCUUCUUCGACAUCCCGGUGGAUAACUUGUAUGGAAAAUCCCUGCUCAAGAAGUACAUCCAGACCAAGAUACCGAACUUCAGAGAGGCCGUAAUUGUCAGUCCAGAUGCCGGUGGAGCUAAGAGGGCAACUUCUAUUGCGGACGACCUGAAUAUGGAAUUCGCAUUGAUUCACAAGGAACGUCGACCCACCCGUAUUAACGAGCGCCAAAAUGCCACCAUGAUGCUCGUGGGAAACGUCACGAACCGAGUCUGUAUACUCGUUGACGACUUGGCGGAUACUUCCAAUACCAUCACCCGAGCUGCCAAGCUGCUGAAGAAGGAGGGCGCGACGAGAGUCUACGCUUUGCUCACCCAUGGUGUAUUCAGCGGGGACGCCAUCGACCGCAUCAAUGCCUCCCCCUUGGAUAAAGUGGUCGUGACCAAUAGCGUCCCGCAAGGCGAGCACCUCCGCCUGUGCCCCAAGCUGGAGGUCUUGGACGUCGGACAGGUCUUCGCUGAGGCCAUCCGUCGCGUUCACCACGGCGAGUCCAUCAGCGCUCUCUUCUGGGAUUAG